AUCCUAUUGAUAAUUUCUUGUCACGAACAUGUUGAACAGUUCAAUGUACAACUUGUCUAUAAUAAUAUCAAAUCGAAAGUAACAUGGCCAGUAAAGAGAAACAAGUGUGUGAAAUCUGCAAGAACCAAAUAUCAAAAUACAAGUGUCCGAAAUGUGUCAUAAAGUAUUGUUCUGUCAGCUGUUUCAAGAGCCAUAAAGAAAAUGACUGCCAUCAGAAGCUCUCCAAAACAGACAACACAAUAAUAAAUGCCACAGAAUUGCUGACAAAUAUACCAGACUUAGGUAUUGAAGAAACAGAAGACAGAGUUUUGCCUGAGACAUUUCAGUGUUUGCGGGAGAACCCUGACCUUCUGGUAACCCUGGAGAACCCCCAUCUCCGCUCCCUGAUGACCAACCUUGUGUCCUCACCCUCACCAGCAAAAGACAUGGAAAGGGCUAUGAAGGAACCCAUAUUUCUGGAGUUUGCUGACCAGUGCCUUAAAGUUGUGGACAACAAUAGCCAAGUGAAAGCUGGCAUCAAUGUUAAAAACACUGGAUAGGACUGUUUGUAUGUUUGUUUGUGUCUGUAACAAGAGACCGCUUAAUUCAAACUGC